UUGAUCACUGGGUUUGCCGUAUUUGUAACCGGCCCAGAGUUUAUCCAAUUUUCUUCGAGAAGAACUUCGUUCCCGCAAAAAUCCACCAUUCCGGAAGGUUCUGCCUGUUGCAAGGAAUUGGUCCAGAAGGUCGUGGAAGUUGGCAGAGGGCUGAGUUUUAAUCUCGCGUCUUCGUAGGCCGGGGCUCACUUCCGAACUUCCAUGGCUCUCAACCCUAAUCUAUUUCCAAAUGGGAUGCCCGUUCCCUUCACGAACGAGCUUUUCGUAUUGGCUAGAGAUGGCGUCGAAUUCGAGGUUGAUAAGAUCCCCGGGGCUAAUAGUGGUCGUGUUAAAGCAAAAGGGACUAUUUAUUUGUCAAAUGUGCGCAUGGUCUUUGUAGCAAGUAAACCAGAUGCAAGCUUUAUUGCAUUUGACAUGCCUUUGCUUUUUGUUCACGAUGAGAAAUUUAACCAGCCAAUAUUUCACUGCAACAAUAUCUCUGGAUUUGUCGAGCCUGUGGUGCCUGAAGACCAACACAGGGCUCUCUACUCGACACACUCGUUUAAGAUUUUGUUCAAGGAAGGGGGAUGUGGUACCUUUGUGCCACUCUUCUUCAAUUUGCUGUCUUCAGUCAGGCAAUAUAGUCAACACAUGAAUGCAGGUCCCCGUGUCGACCCGUUGCAGGCAGCGCAAACUCCUGUUGAUGAAAUGAUGAGACAUGCAUACGUCGACCCUAACGAUCCGACCAGGAUCUUCUUACAGCAGCCAACGACGGAGUCCCAGUUAAGGAGGCGCACAUACCAGUCCCAACCAGCUGAAAAUGCUCUGUGAAGUUAGUUGUUGACGAUGAAACGAAUGAACGAACAGUUGUAUAGUUGAAAGAUGGGUGGUUGAGUUUAAAGUUAAGAGUUAGACCCAAUUGUCAUCUACUAAAGUUCAACUCAACUCCUUCAGUCUGUUAUAUUGGCUGUUGCUGGACGAUAGCAUUGACAUAAAAUAAAAUAAUAGAAUGAAUUAUAUGAUGGUGUUGUGAUUAUAAGGCUGUAAUGGUCUCUACUUCUACUUAAAUGUAAUGAUUAAGUACUCAUGUUUUUUCAAAUUCAAUUUAGGCUG